UAUUCUUUAAGCAAUUACAAAGAAGUAGAAUACUUUCAAGUUUUAUGGGGGAAAACGUAUUCAGUAUCGAAACCCGCCCUUGUCCUCACAGGGGCGGGAGUUUUCGUUACUGCGCAUGCGCGAUUCGGCAGGGCCAAACAAGUCAUUCACUCAACUUGAUUUUUCUGAGACACUUGAUCGACUAGUGCGGGCUGAUUUGAGAGCUUAAACAUAUUUGGUUUAUCCAAUCGUUAAUAUUUACCGUACAUCUUUGUUUUAUGUACAAAUAGUCUUUGAAACCUUUGGAUUUAUCUCAGAAAUACAGAUACUCAAGUAUUCUUAGUCCAACAUGGGAACUUUCUUCUGACCAGGGUGGUGUACAAUUUGUUGUAUGAUGGCUUUAUAGCCCCACUGAUUUUGUUAAGUCAUUGGAAAACCCAGUGAGAAGUGCACACGGUUCAUCAUGGGCCCGCUCACAACACCUAAAAAAGCAAGCCAAGCGGGGUCUGCUGAUCCAUGGACGCCAACUUCCAACCUCAAAAUCCUCAUCAGUGCUGCAAGUCCAGAGAUUAGGAACCGGGAAAGGGAGCUGUGUCUGCCUCCCGAAUUACAUGAAGUUCUUGAUUCUACUCAGGAUGUUGAAAAUGGAGAUGAGUCUGAAAAAAUGUUAAGCAGAAAAGAAAAAAGUCUGGGUUUGCUCUGCCAUAAAUUCCUCGCACGCUGUCCAGAUUGGCCAGACCCAGCUGGCAACAAUGACAUCUGCCUGGAUGAUGUAGCCACUGAACUCAAUGUGGAGCGCCGGCGCAUUUAUGACAUCAUGAACGUGCUCGAAAGCCUGCACAUGGUGAGCCGUUCUGCAAAGAACCGCUACACGUGGCACGGUCGGACCAAUCUGGCCCAGACUCUUGCCAUACUCAAGCAGGUGGGUGUGGAGCAAAGGUACUGCCAGCAGAUGCAGCAGAUCAGACAGCACUUCCCCGAUCAAGAAUUUGACUUUGAUGGUGAUGAGAAGGAGAACCAGGAGUCGAUGCACUCGGAGAGCAGCGAACACGGACAAAAGGAGCUCUUUUUUGUGGAGCUUCCUGGAGUGGAGUUCAAAGCGGCCUCUGUUAAUAGUCGGAAGGACAAAUCUCUGAGAGUGAUGAGCCAGAAGUUUGUCAUGCUCUUCCUGGUUUCCAAUCCACCGGUUGUCAGCCUGGAUGUGGCUGCCAAAAUCCUGAUUGGAGAAGACCCGAGUGCUGAUCAGGAUAAGAACAAAUUCAAGACGAAAGUGCGGCGACUUUACGACAUCGCUAACGUGCUGCGGAGCCUCAAACUCAUUGAAAAAGUCCACGUAACAGAAGACAGGGGCAAGAAACCGGCAUUCAAAUGGGUGGGCCCGAAUGGACCCCCUCAGGUGAAAGAUGUGACAAGCGGCGCCUCCAUGUGUCCGCCCAGUAAGACAAAAGUACUGGAGUGCCGCCCCUCUGUGGAAAACUGUGCCAAAAACCUAUUUUCGUCACCGCCCGGUGCCAAGCGAAGCUUCACGCGACACCCCUCGCUUAUGAAGCUGGCCAAGAGCAUUCAGGAUGACCGGCGGAAGAUUAGCUCGGCCCCCACUAGUCCUGCCAAAAAUGAGAGUGAUAUCCCCAGCAAAAUGGCUCAACUCGCUGCUAUUUGCAAGAUUCAGCUUGACCAGGAGUCAGCUGCCAGAGGCAGCGAUCCGAAGACGGUUGCCGCCGAGGCAAACGCAACAGUCGCGAGGCUCCCGCCAACCGCCAUCUUAGCGGCGCCGCCAGCAUCACGCCUAACUCCAAACGAAGAGGCUGCCGGGAAACCAAACGUGCACGGCACCCCGCUGACCUCCCGUCCUUCGUCCGGCGUCGCGUACAUCCCGGCGCGGUGCUCCCCACUCAUCCCCGUCAUUUUGCCUCAGCGGCCCGGUGGCGGACCGUACGCCGUCUAUUUGCACCCGUCGUCUCUCAGGCCCAACCCUCUGACCGGACCGCCGCCGACCAGUUGCGCCGUACGCUCGAUGACCUUUGAGGAAAAGAUUGGGCGCAGCCCGACUGCCACGUUAGCUGCUAAGGGCCAAGCCGCUUCGAGGGAACCUGACGGGAGCCCCUCGUUGGUCAAACGGUUGUGCUCGGACUCGGCUGCGGAGAGCAGUCCUCCAAAAGCCAAACGCGCUGACUCCAUCCUCAAGGACGCCUCCCCAAAGCAAUGCCACGCCCCUCAAGCUCGUCUGAAGACCCUCCGCAGCUGCCAGCUGUCCAGCAGGCCCUCCCCCCGCGCCCUCCACCUGGACCCCGAGUUCAUCAACACUCCCGGCAGCGACGUGGUUGCGCAGACGCUGGAGCAGAGCUUGGAGAGCUUCCUGGACAAGGAUGACAAGGUGGUGACUUCUGAUUGCGAGGCGGGUUUAACACCCGUCAGAGCGAACGCCCCGCUCACACCCAGACAAGUUAACGCCGAGACUUUAGUGCCGGCAGGAUACCUGAUCCCACUCACCCAGCAGCCUGUUGUCGGCUCGGCAUCAGAAAGCAACAAGCCAUCUACUCCUACUUACGUCUACCAAACACCUACUGCAGGAUCCAGACCAGCCCCGGUCCAGGAAGUGACUCCCACCGGCUUCCGUCUUCACGGACCCACCGCGGCCACAUCUCCACACCUGACCCAGCAGGCCCAACGCCUCCAUAGCCCCAGUCCCGCUAUCCUCAACUUCACCCUGCAGAACCUCGGUCUGAUCUCGGGCUCCAGCUCGGGAAACGCCUUCGCCUCACCGCAGACCCCCGAGCGGUCAAACGCCGUGCUAAGCCCUCUGGCCCUGCAGCAACGAGGAGGGAUGGUUUUCAUCAAGCCCAUGACGGUUCAGCAGUCCUCGCAUCCGGUGGCUCUGAUCAGCGUUCACCAGCCUUUAUUGAGCACCCCCAAAGGAACGGGAUUCCCCCAGCACAGCUUCUUCAACACACCGGUACCCCUCACCCCUCUGGCUACUGCAGUGGUCUCACCCAGUGCCCCUAAAAUGGCUUACAUCCCGCAAAGGAAACUGGAUGUCAACAGUGAAGAAACGCUUUGAUGUUUGUUACGGGUGGGUGGACGAGAGUUACGUCUGGGUGGGGGGU